AUGAAUGAACAAACGAUGCCAUCGUAUUACUACUAUAUCGAUCCUACCACAACGUACGAGCCGCAACAACCAAACCCUCUUGAUGAUCUAAUAGCACUAUAUGGGUUAAACGAUCUGUCGAGGCAGGUUGCACGUACGAAUAUGGAUGGCUCCAAAGCUGUAAAGCUGCGGAAGUCCUACAAGAACCAGAUAUCAGACCUCUCGGGGAAGUUUACGUCUAUACCGACGAAGGAAAACGGGAAAGGUGGUGAAAUAGCGCAGAUUCUGUUCCAGAAUAAUCCGGACAUGAUGAACCAAGUGACGAGGACGCCAGGCAUGUCGGACGAGGAAUGGAGAGACGCUCAAAUCCACAGAGACUCGGCGUUGUUCCAAGAGGGCCAAGGUGUCGACUGGAACAUGUGUACGGACGUACUUUCGCAGUUUGAGAGAUCGUACCCUACAGAAUUCCAGAAUCAACCAGGGUUCCAAGUGGAGGACCUGGCAUUUGACCUAGAUGGCAGUUUGAAGAGCAGCAAUAGUGCCAAGAAGCGCAAGAACAGAUCAAACGGGAGCUCAAUGGCCACACCAAACAGCGAUAUGACGCAAGACGAUUUGAAGAGAAGAAGACUGGAAUAA